UUUAAGCUGAAACAGAUCGUCAAAUUCCAUACCCGUGGAAACCAAACACUAGACCUCGUUAUAACAAACAUUAAACAUCUCUACGAGGAACCGAUCCAGCGCCCAGCCUUUGGUUUGUCAGACCAUUUAUCAGUUGAACUCCAACCGUUAUCUCGCAGCAAAAGUCUUCCAACCAAACGAACAAUUAUCACGAGAGACAAGCGGGAAAGUCAAAAGGCUGCCCUGAGCUCUUACCUGGAACAGGUUAACAUCUCUGAUAUGGUAAAUAGCAAAACGUCCUCUGAAGAUAAAGUUCAAAUUUUGGAAGAGGUUAUCACCUUUGGUAUGAAUGAGAUCUUGCCUUUGAAAGAGAAAACGAUAGCGGCAAACGAAGCACCAUGGAUGAAUAACUCUCUUAAGCGACUCAUUCGACAUCGUCAAAUUGCUCUGAAAAAUGGAAAUUUGAAGGAGUAUAAUGAGCUAAGAAAUAAAGUGAACAGAGAAAGGAAAGCGUGCCGAGCAAAAUACUAUGAAGCAAAAGUAAAAGAUCUUAAGAACUGUAAGCCUGCCCAGUGGUGGAAAGAAAUUAAACAACUUAGUGGUUUUUCUAAAGUAGAAAACACAAACUCUAUCACUAACCUUCAACACCUUGCUGAGGAAGGAGAAGACCCUACGCUUUUAGCUAAUGCAAUUAACAACAGUUUCUUAUCGCCAAUGAGUGUAUUCACCCCGCUGGACACGCCUGUUCUGAAUACAUCUACGAACUCGCACCUUGAAGACUCUCCUCGUCCCGUGUCUGAACUCUCAGUCAUCGAGAAAUUAUCGUCUCUCAACCCCAACAAAGCGUCUGGUCCAGAUGGAAUCCCAGCUUGGGUAUUAAGAGACAACGCAGACAUUUUAGCGGCACCUGUAACCGAUAUCCUGAACACCUCCUUCCGUGAGCGUCGCGUUCCAAGUUCUUGGAAAUCAGCUGACAUUACACCUCUCCCAAAAACAUCUCCUGUAACGGAUGUCAACAAACACCUGAGACCCAUCUCCUUGACACCAAUCCUUUCUAAAGUUGGGGAGGAGUUCAUUAUUGAUGGCUAUAUCAAACCUGCCAUUCUAGCAAAAAUCGACAAGAACCAAUAUGGAACUAUCCCUAACUCUAACACCACGCUUGCCCUAAUUAGCAUGCUACACAGCUGGUACAAAGAUACGGAUGGRAAUMGAUCGACAGUGCGUGUAGUGUUAUUCGACUUUAGAAAGCAUUCGAUCUCUUCGAUCACUCCAUCCUCAUGACCAAGCUUCAGGAUUACGACUUAUCACCUUGGGUGCUGGAUUGGAUUGCUAGCUUCCUGACUGAUAGGAAACAGCGGGUAAAGCUUUCCCACGACUGCUUUUCGGAGUGGGGUUCAYUCAAAGCUGGUGUACKACAAGGGACGAA